UUUAUCAAAACUAGAUAUAUAUAACUGGGCAGUUUACCACACAUUUUCAUGUCCGCGGAUUGCCGUGGUAUUUUAGAGUAAUCAUACUUCCAUUUUGUCGACGCAAUCGCAGGUUAAAUUGAAGGCAAUGUCCCUGUCGGUUAUGGAUUGAUUACUUUGCACAACAGAAAAAUCAUAAUUAUCCGUCGAAAAAGUCGUUCCGCGGGGAUUUCGAGGCGAUGAAUAUGUAUUUUUGAUAUACUGAUAUACUUUAUAUGUAUUUAAUUGUACUCUAUGGGAUUUUCUCACAGAUCUUGAGAUUUUUUUAACCGCGAUAAAGAAUUCGCAAAAAUAAGUAUCAAAACUAAAUACAAUAAUAAUCCGCGUAAUCGCGGAGAAUGUUUCAAAAGGGAAUGGGAAUUUCCUUUUUUUUAAUCCUUCCAGGACAAUUAAAGUAAGGCAAUAUCAGAUUGAAUUGGUCAUUAUCAGCUUAAGUGUUUUAAAAGUAUAACAGCCCGAAAGUUCAAUACAUUUGUGUAUUUUUCUUACCCAAGCCUGGUUUAAUUAACCAGGUUUGUGUUUAUAAAGGUUUUGCCCAUUCUGCAGAAUUCUCCAUUUUUUUAUUAUUAAAUCAAACUCUUUUAUUUAUUCAACGUUGUCGGUAAUCACCAAGGCCGAGCACAUAGUAAACUAAACAGGCAAUGGACACUACGCAACAGAAAGUAAGCGACAAGGAAAGAAAAUAAAUUUAUUGAUUCAUAUACACAGGAAUUAAGAAAUGGCGAUUUUUCUCGUAAACAUACAAACAAGAUUAAGGAUGGGAAUUUAGCAAAACAGUGUGUGUGUGUGUCGGCAGCAUAAAUGUAUGGUAAUUUAUGGGUAACAAUUCAAAACUUUUCGAUUACCGAACAAAAGCAGGUUAGGGACACGCUUGCCACCGCACUGAUUACCCCGCGUGGUUCGCAUGUUCGAAUAUCGUGUGGGACAAUGCUGACUCUCUGUGGUGAAAGAGCCGCUGGAUUCCUCGCCGUCACAUAAACGCUUGUCGGUUACAGCAUUCUUCACCAUCGGUUCCAUGCAUCUGAAAAAAACAUAGUCGGCUAUCUAACUAAUCCCAUUCACGACGUGGAAUGGUAACCGGAUGAGAGAUUUUGACGUUAAUAUUGUCAACUCGUGACUCCAUACACUCCUUCGUACCAGAAAAUGUUGGGGAAUCACCUGUAUUUGUCAAAGUCCGCUUCCUCAAUAAGCCAAUGAACGAAAUAGUGUCAGAACAAACCAUUAAUUCAAAAUAUUCGUUUGAUGUUGCAUAUAUACUGUCAUUAUGGCAUCAUUUUGUACAAAUUCCACCAAUUAGCUGUAAUUUUAAUUCACUAUAUUAUGAUAUACUGUGUAGGCGUAUUUAUCAUGCUGUAGCUUUCAAAUUGUCCUAAAGGCUAAUUUUGCAUUUCGAGCAAGAUUGAUUCUAUAGUCAUAGUGUACUUUCAGCGAUUCCUUUGGGACUUUUCCAUCAGUGCUUUAGAUCUGUAUUGCUGUUGGUGAACUUUGAAAGUUUGCCAUUUCCUGAUUUCUGUAUUUACAUAUUUAAGUGUGUAAUUUCUGUUGCACAUUCUAUUUUACAUUGCUUAUUGAACACUCAUACAUGGAAUUAAAUUACAAUGUUGCCUAGGGUUUCUUAUUCUGGUACUGUUUUCAAAAUUGAAAAAUAAUAUUGUUAAGAAUCUGAACAUCAUGUUUUUAAUGAUGUGCUGUAUGCAGUGCAUAUACAAAUGUGUUUUUUAAUUGACAAGUAAGCCUACAUUCUGCAAUGGUGAAUAAUUCUUUGUGUUUAUGAUUCAGUGAUUACUUGAUUAGUAAUAUACUGAAUAUAAGUUACUCAACUCUGUCCCACCAAAUGUUUACUUAAUACUCUUCUGUUCAAAAUCAUGGAUGAAAGUUGGUGUGAUUCAUGUUUAAUAUGUGGCCAGAGAUAUUUCUCUGAAGAUGAAAUGACAAAGCACAUUGAAUUGGAUCAUGCAACUUGCAAUAAGGAAAAUGAUAUUGACAAAUCAAAAUGUCCAUUUUGUACAUAUGUGGUUUCCAAUGAAGAUGAAAACAAGAUGGAAACCCAUGUAAUGGAUGUUCACAAGGAGGAAAUGCGUACACCAAAGAAAGAUGAGUGUGGAGCAUCAUCAGGGAGUGAGGUUAAUGGAGAAUGUAGUAGCAAUGUUGAUUCAUCUCAAUCAAAAGUAUUAAGUUGUCCAGUUUGUCAAUUAACUGGAUUUGACAAUGUUGACACACUAACUUUUCAUACAGAGUCUCAUUUUAUUGACAAUGAACAGGGACAUAUGUCAUUAAAAUCUGAUUACACACAAGAUGAGCUGUUGGCUAUAAAGUUACAAGAGCAAGAAAGAUUCGAACUACAAGCCAGUCGAGACGUUGCGGAAAACUUAUAUUUUGAAGAAUUAAGGAGUAAAUAUGGAAUGGGCAAAGAACACCAAAGGACUGGUUUCCGGAAUCAAGCGUUUAAAAAUAUGGACAAACAAGUUGGAAGAGCAUCAUCAUCAUGUUUUGAUUAUUACAGUGACAAAUUUAACAUGCUUGAAAAAUUGGAAAUGGGAAUUGAUGAUGGUAUGACAAUUCGCUCUGAUGUUCAUGGGCUAUUAAAAACACAUUUAGAAAAAACUGUGAAACCUGGUACAAGAACCUGGCUGGCAUCAUCUACUCAUUUUAUUGGUCGAGGGCCUGGUGAUUCUGGUUGGGGUUGUGGUUACAGAAACAUUCAAAUGAUAAUUUCAAAUUUAAAUGAAAACUGCAACUACAAAGAUUUGAUGAAGAAAAAAUUUGAUGGAAACAUACCUUCAAUUCCAAAACUCCAAGAAUUGAUUGAAUCAGCCUGGUCAGAAGGUUUUGAUGCAAGAGGUCGAGAACAACUUGAAUCUAAAGUGGUUGGAACAAGAAAAUGGAUCGGAGCAACAGAAGCAUUUGCAUUUCUUUCCAGCAUCGGUCUACAUUGCAGAAUAAUUGAUUUUCCAAGACCAUCAGGACCAAAACAGAGUCAUCCCUUAUUGUUGAACUGGAUCAUCCAAUACUUUGACUGUGAAAAUAUCAGCGACAGCGAUCGCAUUAUUGUGACUUCAAAACCACCAUUAUAUCUUCAACAUGAAGGCCAUAGCAGAUCAAUUAUUGGUAUUCAAUGCGAGGAUUCUUCAAAUAAAAACUCCAAAUUGAUUCCAAUGAAAAUUUUAAUAUUUGAUCCAGGAGAUUCAAAAUUUCAGUUAAAGAAUAAGGGCAAGAAACUGAAAAAAUCUUCACAAGGAUCAAUAAAUCUCAACAGAGUCAUCAAACCAAUUUCCUGUCUAAACAAAGACCAAUAUCAAAUAGUUUGUGUGGAAGGAAUUGCAACGCAACAAAGGCUUCAACAACAAAAGAAUCCUGAUUCUGUUUGUGAAAAAGUUCAAUGAAAAUGCUUGUAAUUUAGGGGAAAAGUUUUUUUUUACUUAUAUUGCACAUAGUAAUUAUGAAUUACUGUGUUAUUAAGCUGAAUAGAGGGAUUGAAACAUUUUUUUGCUUUACCAUACAUGACUCAUACAUUGUGAAUUCUUUUUUUUUUCCUUUUAUUAGAUAACUAGGAUAUCUCUAAUUUCCAAUAUAUUCAUAUUUUUUUGGAGUCGUUUGAA